GUUCCUACAGCUGUGCUGCCUGUAGCUCUUCUUCUUCGCUUUUUUUCUCCUUUUAAACGCUAAAAACGGUCAAACCGAGGUAGACUGGCGUUUCAGCUCCACCGUAGCACGCAGGAAGACGGCAGGACGUCAAAAUAACGAAGUUUGAGUUAAAGUAAUGAAAGAUAAACACGUCCUGCCUUCAUGCUUACUUUCAACAAAGAAGAAGUUAUGGAUAUUCGCGACGGGAAGAAGAGGAGAAAGGUAAGCGGCGGCGGAGGUGGAGGUAUCGGGGUCGGACUGCGGGGUUGCAGGCGGAGCGUGGCCGCGAAGAUGAAGCGGGAGGUGGGGAAAGUGCUUCGCUCUCGCACCCUGGAGGACAACAACCACACUGCGCCCAUGGAGGCGGAGGAGGAGGACGACGACUGCUUCUCCAUCAGUUUUGUCCGAAAUGAGCGCCUGGAGCCCCCCGUGGUGGUCGCCCCUCGGUACAGCCUGCUCCGGGAGGUCGGCAGGGGCAGCUAUGGGGUGGUUUAUGAAGCUAUAGCCCGCAAAACAGGAGCCAGGGUGGCGGUGAAGAGGCUCCAAUGCGAUGCCCCCGAAAAUGUAGAGCUUGCCCUGGCUGAGUUUUGGGCUUUGACGAGCCUGGAGAACCGACACCAGAAUGUGGUCCAACUGGAGGAAUGCGUCCUGCAGAGGAAAGGGAUGGCCCAGAAGAUGAGCCAUGGGAACAUGAGGUCCAAACAGUACCUAAGGCUGGUGGAGACCUCUCUGAAAGGGGAACGCAUCCUUGGCUGCCCCGAGGAGCCGUGCUAUCUCUGGUUCGUCAUGGAGUUCUGCGAGGGUGGAGACCUCAACCAGUACAUCUUGUCCCGCCGCCCCGACCCCCACACCAACCGGAGCUUCAUGCGCCAGCUGACGAGCGCCGUAGCCUUCCUCCACAAAAACAACAUUGUCCACCGUGAUCUGAAACCUGAUAACAUCCUCAUCUCCCAGGCCUCCGGCUCACCCGUUCUCAAAGUGGCUGACUUCGGCCUCAGUAAAGUUUGUGCUGGCAUGAACUCCAAGAACAUGGAAGAUACUCCUACAGGAGGAGCGGGCGGUAAAGGCAGCAACCAGAACAAUAUCGUCAACAUAAAUAAGUUCUGGCUGUCAUCGGCUUGUGGCUCGGACUUCUAUAUGGCCCCAGAGGUGUGGGAGGGGCACUACACAGCCAAGGCCGACAUCUUCGCCCUGGGCAUCAUCAUCUGGGCGAUGCUGGAGCGCAUCACUUUCAUCGAUGCGGAGACCAAGCGUGAACUGCUGGGUACCUACAUCCGGCAGGGCUCAGAGAUUGUACCUGUCGGCGAGGCUCUGCUGGAGAACCCAAAGAUGGUUCUGCACAUCCCGCAGAAGGCCAGAAGCUCCAUGUCCGAGGGCGUGAAGAAACUCCUCAAGGACAUGCUCGCAGUCAACCCUCAGGAUCGGCCAGACGCCUUCCAGCUGGAGGUGCGGAUGGACCAAGUCACGUGUGCAGCGUGACAGCCUCCACGUCCCCCAACCCCCCCUCCCUUUUUUUAACCCAACCAGUGAAAGAAGGGACCCCUUACCUUCCCAGCUUUGUUUACGACGUGGACUCUGACUCCAACUCUGACUCGACGAUGGACAAGAAAAAAGGGACUUUUGACAAACUGAACUGUGAAGACUCCACAAACAUAAUCCAAGCGGGAAAUGAUGAUGAUGAUUCCAAAACUCUGGGACACAAUCUGUAUGCAAACUCAGACCACAGUGUACUUCCAGCACCAUCCGGUUACUUUUCCUGUCACCCACAUGUAACUGAGAGAGGACUGGAUGUGAAACCAGGUUUAUAACAUUUGUUUUUUAUUAUAAAUGUUGAUUUUUGGUUUUCCCCCAUCACAGGCCUGCUCUUCUCUAAAAUAUGGCAUUCACUCUGCCAUGGCACAGGUAAUCUGACUGUACUGAGGCCACAAAAGGAAUGAAAAUGAAGAGCUUCUUUACCCUCCAUUCUCCCCGUACAACAUCGUGCCUUAAAGAUGAUUCACUAAAGUGUGAUCUGGCCUUUAAAAUUGAAUUUUUUUGCGGGAGAGAACUUCAUUCAUGACGCUGAUACUUGCAUUUUUCUGCCUGCAGGAAUCUGCAUUUCAACAAAUGUAUUUCUUGAUUGCAAAGAUGUUGAAACCUGCAAUAAUGUAAAGAAUGUGCAAACUUUGCCCCUAAACGUGAACUCAAAAAGACGAUAUCAUCCACGUUGCUCAUUAUAAGACGAUAUUUUACAAACCUGUGCUGCUCCCUGGAGGCAAAAGCCGAAGAAUGUGAACAUUUCCACGUCAAACUUUGAGAUUAAACACCUUAAGAAGUAGCAGGCCUGUUUAAACUCCAUGUUUUUAUAACCAAACAUCGUCCAGCAGGGAAUUCAAACCGGUUUUAUUGGUCAUAAGUUCGAUCCAAAGAGAACCUGCUGGACUAAAUCUUAUUAUCUUCAUGUGUUUUUUAUCAUCACUGCAUCAGUUGGUGGGUUUUUGGUAACUUUAUAUUGAAUGUUUUUUAUAUAUUGAGGAUGUUGAGUGUGGCAUUUAAGGAAUUUGUGAACUAUGUAUCGCUUUGAGAUAUCGAGUCAGUGGUUAACUUGCAAACGUGUCAUAAGAGAUAUUAAGCGGCGUUUUUUUAACAGCCUGACACCUCAGCAGUAUUGAGCCCUCUGCGGCUGAAUCUUAACUCAUUUUUUGGGGGGACUUUCAGAGCAGAUUUGAAGGUUUGUCAUCUGGAAGUAAUCCCUAAAAUCUCCCAUGGGAUAUCCCUCCUCACUGUCCCUUCCUUCCUUCAUUCCUUCAGCGCUUUAUUGAAGCGCUUCGAGCGCUUUGCAGUGGCACGUAACGCUGUGUAACACACUCAGGCAGUGGAUGAUUGGAGCCGAACGCUGCCCUCUUCAUUGACUGUAUGUAAGAGAUGGAUGCCUCAAGGUUUUCUACCUUUUUAAGCCUCCUUUUUAAACAUUCGAGCAACUUAGUCUUGGUUUUUGAUUACAGAAGAAAAUUUAACUUCUGGUAAGCAAAUCACAAGCCAUCAAAAAGCUUUUCAAUAAGCCUGAUAAUGACUGAGCUGAUGAGCCAAGUUGACUGGCUAGGCUUGGCACGAGCAGCCAAAAACACCUGGAACUUAGUGCAAAAAGGUGCAUAAAUUAUGACUUGAAUUGCACGGCAUAAAUUCCAACAUUAGGCUCGUUUUUCAGGUUCUUGGCUCAUGCUUUGGCUUGCCCUUUUUGCAGGAUUUUUCCAUAAUUUGUGGUAAAUGACAAAAAUUUGGGUGCUAUUUUAGCCUCAAAUAACCUCGAAUGAAGAUUGUAAAAAAAAUGUAUACUUUGUACUCUUGAUACCCCAUUUUUACCGUCAAAAUUGCACAGAAACAUUGGUACAGAAACAUUACCAAUGUUUUUGUGCAAUUUUGAUUUUUUUACUAUUAAAUUACUCAUUAUUUGGUGCAUAGGGAGUGUGUUUUUGAUCAGUUGGUAUCAGAAGAAGCAUUGGUAUGUAUAAGUUUGACUAUCUGGUAGGAUGACACCUCUACUCCAAAAUGAGUGUCAAAACUUUGAAAAAUUCUCCUUUACCAUGUCUUUAAAAAAAUGCUUUCUUUAUUAUUCUAACAAGAGAUAGAAUUUAAAACACUGCAACUUUUAAAAAAAAAGUGUUUGUUUUUAUAACUUAAAAUGAAAGAAGCUGGGAAGAUCGUUCUCUAAAUCACACAAAAAUUAGGUGUACUAAAAACUGAAAUGCUGCACAUGCUUUUUGCUCAGUUAGGCAUUUUGCAGAAGUUUGCAUGCAAUCUUUACUGAUUAGAAACAAGAAAUUGAAAUAUUGAGUGUCCAGGACCUGCAUUCAUGUUGCUGAGGUAAAAAAAAAGGGAUUUAAACUGUCUGAUGUUUUUUUGUUGCAUCAGAAUAAAAAUUAGCCUGUAAAUUAUCCUUACUAAAUCACAAAAGCAUGCCCUGUUUUAUCGUCUACUUUCCUUUAAAAGGGACCAUGAUUUAUAAAAAACGUUUACAACAUGAGGCUGUGAGAUACGGCCUUGGCUUCACUUCUCAAACCAGGAUGGUACGUCCACGUCUUAUAUACAGUCUUUGCUCUGUAGAUGUAAAUUGAUCACUACAUGUCGUGUGAUUUACAGGUCAGACAGUACUUGAACUAAACUUAAAUUUCCAGGAAAAGAAAAAAGAACAAACCGUGGUUCAGACACACAGUGAGUAGUUAAAGACUCCCCGCUGUAGUUUCAGGUUCACUCUCACAGUAGCAGUAGUCAACAUUGAGCCGUUUUUGUUUUGUGGUCCUACCUCAUUCUAAGCACUCUGAUUUAGCUGAUCUACCUUUACAGCUCCUAUCAGCAGCCUAGUUUCAGUUUCUCAUAGUUUUACCUCUGCAGUCUCUAAUCAAACUCUGACUAACUUCUGUGUGGUGUUUCUUUUUUUUUUUUAGCAGAGCUUGUCUUGGAUUUAUUUGACAGCUACAGCCCCCGUGAGGUUAAAGUAGAUCUGAUGGUGUCUAAAAAGUCAUGUUUGUCUAAAGAAUUGAGGCUGAUACCAUUUAGACAUCCUGCAAGUACUUUGUGUUAAACAUGAAGAUUUGAUCCCCAAAAGCCUGCAGUGUGAUUGAUCUGUGCCGUGGUAUCGCUGCGUCUGAUGGUGCACAUCUUGGCCCACUGGAUCAGUUUCUAAAAGGACAGCUCAGCUGGAUCAUGAGUUCACACAGGAAUAAAGAGGCCACUGUUUCCUGUUUGUUUGCUUCCUUUUUUGUCAUAAUGUUACUGAGAAAUACGAUUAACAGCGUGCACAUGCUGCUUCAUUUUUAAAUUGAUCAGAUAAUCAUUGCAUCACUGUGUCAGACUUGAUGUUUGGGGUCGAUCUUUGCGGUUCAGCUUGAUGCAUGCAGGAAGCAGCCCUGUCAAACGUAGACUUUGCAUGCAACUCAAGCAGAAGAAAGUGGAAUGGCGCUUCAAGCACGUGCAGGAGAGAGAUUGCGGUGCAUGCUGUGGAAACACAAAUUUUAGGACUGGCAUUUCAGCCGUCUUUACUCCUUGUGACACUGAUACUUAAGCCAGGAUAACGUGUUCCUGUCAGUCAAUUUACAGAAAGUUUCACCUCAUUUUCAGCUUUCUCUUGAUCCCAUUUUCACCUCUUUGAUGCCUCUGUUGCUUCCUACAGAUCAGGGAUCACUUCGUCUCCCGUUCACACCUCCACAGCUUUUAAAUUUUUAAGGGGCUUAAAUCCCCGGCUUUAACGGGGCUGUAAACUGGGCUUCUGAUCCUGAAUCGUGCACUCAAUCUUCUGGGAAUUGCAGGCCAAGAUGCAGACAUAAUGCACUAAUGAAAAGUGCACAUUUGAAGGCACCAGUGGGCCACAAAAAUUCUCCCACUUUCACGGACCCUGCUUCUCAUCACCUGGUAUCAGAACUGGUAUCCAAACUAGAUAGAAACCCUAAAGGUCAGCCUUUAUUUCUAGGUUUACUUAACUUACUGAUGCCGCCAUGGGCGCUGUAGCUGCUGACUGCCAACACGAGCCAUGCUGUCAGUAAAACAUGAAGGUUUUCAGUUUUUAGGAUGAUCUUUUUCCGGUGUAAAUCUGAGAUUUACUCUCUGGGAUGUAGAACAUGUGACCUGCUCUGCAGCGUUGAUAAUACUCUCGUGUCGUGAAGUGUAAAACUUAGCAUGGUUAAAGACUGUAAAUGGCAUUGCUGUGGUUGAUAGUGCAUAUGCUAACUGAGGAUCUUUAUAUUAACCCUUUUAACCUGCUGUCACUAUUUCCUUCUGUUUCAGUUCUUCAGACUAGUAACAAACCCACUUGAAAUCACUUUACACUAUGCAAAAUGUGUCACUGCCUCACUGUAAACACCGUACAGAGCCACACCGUUCUCGGAUCAAUUGUGUAUAAUAUCUCUGUUCUUUUAGUGCUUCAUAUUUCCAGUGUGUUCAUAAAUGAUGUUGUGUAAAAUAAUGACGCUGACUGGAGCCAUUAGAUGUUUGAGAAAGCAUCGUGUUUUUGCUGUAAAUAUGUUUGACAAUUUUUCUUGGAAUAAAUGAUCAAAAAUA